AGCUGCUUACUGCGGUUUCCCGCCAGCCCCCUCCACAUCCUUGUGUAUAUAAGCUCUGGCCCUGCCUCUCCUCCGCACUUCUGCCUUGUGUCUGAUUCCUAAACGUCAGUCAAAGGACAAGCAAACAAAAUGCGCGAGUGUAUCUCUAUGCACGUCGGCCAAGCCGGAGCCCAGAUGGGCAAUGCCUGUUGGGAGCUGUACUGUCUGGAGCAUGGGAUCCAGCCUGAUGGUCAGAUGCCCUCUGAUAAAACUAUUGGAGGAGGUGAUGACUCUUUCAACACCUUCUUCAGUGAAACUGGGGCAGGAAAACACGUCCCACGAGCCAUCUUUGUGGAUCUGGAGCCCACUGUCAUAGAUGAAGUACGUACAGGAACCUACAGGCAGUUGUUUCAUCCUGAGCAGCUGAUCACAGGAAAAGAGGAUGCAGCCAAUAACUACGCCCGUGGACACUACACCAUCGGCAAAGAGAUCAUUGAUGUGGUUUUGGACAGGACACGCAAACUGGCUGACCAGUGCACAGGUCUGCAGGGAUUCCUCAUAUUCCACUCUUUCGGUGGUGGAACUGGCUCUGGUUUCACUUCUCUACUCAUGGAGAGGCUGUCUGUCGACUAUGGAAAGAAAUCAAAGCUUGAAUUUGCUGUAUACCCAGCCCCUCAGGUGUCCACUGCAGUGGUAGAGCCAUACAACUCCAUCCUGACCACCCACACAACCCUGGAGCACUCUGACUGUGCCUUUAUGGUGGACAAUGAGGCAAUCUACGACAUCUGCCGUAGAAAUCUGGACAUUGAGAGGCCAACUUACACCAACCUGAACAGGUUGAUUGGUCAGAUUGUGUCCUCCAUCACAGCCUCUCUGCGCUUCGAUGGAGCUCUGAAUGUUGACCUGACAGAGUUUCAGACCAACUUGGUGCCUUACCCUCGUAUCCACUUCCCUCUUGCCACCUAUGCCCCUGUCAUCUCUGCUGAAAAAGCCUAUCAUGAGCAGCUCUCCGUGGCUGAUAUCACAAAUGCCUGCUUUGAGCCAGCCAAUCAGAUGGUGAAGUGUGAUCCUCGUCAUGGUAAAUACAUGGCCUGCUGUCUCCUGUACCGUGGUGAUGUUGUGCCCAAAGACGUCAACUCUGCUAUUGCUGCAAUCAAAACCAAGCGCACCAUCCAGUUUGUGGACUGGUGUCCAACUGGUUUCAAGGUGGGCAUCAACUAUCAGCCUCCCACAGUGGUCCCUGGUGGAGACCUGGCCAAAGUGCAGAGAGCUGUGUGCAUGCUGAGCAACACCACAGCCAUCGCUGAGGCCUGGGCCAGACUGGACCACAAGUUUGACCUGAUGUACGCCAAGAGAGCCUUUGUGCACUGGUAUGUGGGAGAGGGUAUGGAGGAGGGCGAGUUCUCUGAAGCCAGGGAGGACAUGGCUGCUCUGGAGAAGGAUUAUGAAGAAGUGGGCACAGACAGCUUGGCAGACGAUGACGAAGAUGGUGAGGAGUACUGAAGUUCUUAGGCAUCACAUUCCCAAAGUUAUCAAGAAACAAACACAUUCCCAUCCUCAUUCUCAUAGCUGUGAUGGUGAUAUGAAAGUGUUCAAAAUAAAAGUUUUUUU